CAAGCUUUCUGUCAUUCUGUCUUUGUGCGUAAAAUGAGCAGAACCGGCGGGACCCCCGCGAUGACCGAGGUCAGGACUCUCUGUUGCGCCGGGGUUUGAUGCACUGCUCUGGACACGGAUUCACUCACACACCGGUAAAUGGCUGAAUCUCCGGCGGGACACAUUGGAUCUCCACCUGGAUUAAAGUUUCGAGCAUGAGGAUACCUGCGCUUGGAUAGCAGUAGGACACACUGGAUUGAAAGUGCAGUGAAGUAGAAAACGCUGAACCAUCAAUAACCUGCAGGUGUCCAAUUUUAGGAAUCCAGGAGCUAUGCUGGAAGCCUGCGUCUGGAUUUCCAGAGCUUCUGUCCUCCUCCUGCUGCUGCUUUGGUCCGACCUCCUGCACUGUCAACACACCACAGACCACAGGAAGGUUUCUCAGAGGGCAGAGUCCCAACAGGAGUUCAGGGCCGAGCAUGGAGAAGUCCAGGGCUCCUGGGGCGCCUGGGGCUCCUGGACAGCCUGCAGUAGGACCUGUGGAAGAGGGGUGCAGGAGCAGACCCGGCCCUGCCUGCCUGUUUACACUCCGUCACAAUACCCCUCCAGAAGAGAAGGUGUUCAACCCCAGCAACCGGGACACGUCAUCUCAGCCCUGAGGCCGACCGUUCCUCUGCACCGCGGCGUGGGCAGGAGUGUGAACAGCAGCAGGCGAGGAGACCUGAGGGAGGAGAAGGAGGCGAGGCCUGGAGGACGGAGGAGGGUCCCUCAAAUCAGCCCAGGGCGGUACGGUUACGGGACGGCUCCUCAUGUUGCUCCACUGCAGACGGACGCAAGCCGGAGCUCAGAAAUGUCUCGGCCCUCCAGACAAAGACGCUCCCCUGCAGCUGAACCUUGGCACCCCUACCCCCACCACCAGCCCACUGCAGACCACAGGCCACACAGCCGGGACCCCUCCAACAGCCUCCAUCAACACAGCAGACCCUACAAGCAGCUCAGGGCUCAGCUGCCCAGAAAUAACCAGGUCUGGGCCCCCCUCUACCAGCCGGGCUCUGCCCACCUGGCUCAGGACCAGCAGGGGCCAGGAUCCAGCAGCCAGACAUCUGGACCCCAGCACCAGGAGAGACCCUACAACCCCCUGCCUGUCUCCUCCUGCAGCGGGGAGCAGGCGCACUACAGGAUCUGCAACAGUAACGCCUGCCUUCCAUCCAGCAAACACAUCAGGGCUGUUCAGUGUUCUUCAUACAACAGCAAACCCUUUAUGGGCCGACUGUACGAGUGGGAACCUUUCAACGAGGCUACCGGGGGUCAGCAGUGUGAACUGAACUGCCGGGCCACCGGGUUCAGGUUCUACGUUCGUCAGUCGGAGAGUGUGAUCGACGGGACGCCGUGCGGCCAGAACGAAACUUCUCUCUGCGUGGCGGGAACAUGUUCGGGGCUCGGCUGCGAUGACUAUCUGGGAUCAGGGAAGGUGAUGGACAAGUGCGGCGUGUGCGGAGGAGACAACACAACCUGCAGGCUGGUCUCUGGAGUCUUCAAACACAGUUUAACUAAAAUCGGCUACCACAAGAUAGUGGAGAUCCCAGAGGGGGCCACCAAGAUCAACGUGACGGAAAUGCUGAAGAGCAGGAACUACCUAGCUCUCCGAAGCCGAUCGGGGCGAUCCAUCAUUAAUGGAAACUGGGCGAUCGACCGGCCAGGGAAGUACGAGGGAGCGGGCACCAUGUUCACCUACCGCCGCCCCAACGAAAUCAGAAGCACCGCCGGGGAGUCCUUCCUCGCCGAAGGGCCGACAAACGAGAUCCUGGACGUUUAUAUGAUCUUCCAGCAGCCAAACCCUGGUAUUCACUAUGAGUUCACUCUCCCUGAGAAACCAACUGGCCCUCAGCAACCCAACCACAGACCAGAAGGGAACGCUGUGAAUGGUCAGGGAGGAUCCAACCAUCACAGCAACACUCACCAGGAAAACUACAAUCCAGCAGGGGGGGGUCGGGAGCCGCCUCGCCUCCCCGAUAAUCAGGUUCCUGCCGUGCAGCCGCCCAGACGCACCAGAGAGUACAACUGGAAGAUGGCGGGAACUACAGAGUGCAGCGCCUCCUGUGGGAAGGGAUUCAGAUACUCCAUCUUCCACUGUGUGUCCCGACUGAACCAGGGCCAGGUGUCAGAGUCUCUGUGUGACAGCAGCAGCAAACCCUCUCCCCAGGAAGAGGCCUGCAACCUGCAGCCCUGCCCCGCCUUCUGGGAUAUCGGAGAGUGGUCGGAGUGCAGUAAGACGUGCGGCGCUGGCAUGCAGCACCGGCAGGUCCUGUGUCGGCAGAUUUACGCCAACCGCACCCUGAACGUGCACACGAGCCGCUGCGGACACUUAGAGCGUCCGGAGAUCACCAGCAGCUGCCAGCUGAAGAUCUGCAGCGAGUGGCAGAUCCGCUCGGAGUGGAGCGCGUGCUCGGUGCCGUGUGGGCUGGGUCAGAGGUCACGAGAGGUUCACUGCGUCAGCAACGUUGGCGACUUUGUCCCCGACGAGGAGUGCAACAUGAACUUGAGGCCAGUCGACGUGGAAAACUGUGACAUGGGCUCCUGCGCCAAGAGCUGGUUCUACACCGAGUGGGGCAACAGGUGCUCGGCUGAAUGUGGGAUGGGGGUUCGGACUCGAGGGGUUCUCUGCCUCACUAACCACAUCAGCAGCCUGCCUCUGGAGGGCUGCGGCACCGAGAGACCCCCAAACUCUCAGGUCUGCAACAGCGGCCGCUGUGAGAACCGCAUCGAGUGGUUCACGGGCCCCUGGAGCCAGUGCUCUGCAGAGUGCGGGCCGGGCAGCCAGCAGAGGGCGGUGGUGUGUUUGAUAAAGUCGGACGAAGGAUUCUCCGUCAUGCCGCCGUACGAGUGCUCCUCUCUGGAUCGGCCCCUCAGCCAGCAGAGCUGCAACCUGAAGGCCUGCGGAGCCAAGUGGUUCACCACGGACUGGAGCGCUUGUUCAAAAACAUGUGAGGGGGGUUUCCGUGUGCGGGAGGUUCGCUGCCUGUCGGACGACUCGCUGCCCAACGACGCGUGCGACCAGAACCUGAGGCCUGGGGGGAGGGAGGACUGCAGCCCCGAGCCCUGCACGCCCAGCAUAGAUGAGAACUGCAGAGAUAAGUACUUCAACUGUAACGUGGUGGUCCAGGCUCGGCUCUGCGUCUACGAUUACUACAAAACCACCUGCUGCGCGUCCUGUUCCCGAGGUGCCCACAGACAGUCCGUCCAGCGGGGCCGCAGCUAACCCCCUUCCCCCCACCGCCCCAACCCUCCCCCUACCCCCCACCUCCGCCUGCUCCAUGAUGGGGCCGGACUCACUACCCGCUGCAGGGACUCUGACCCGGGGCCGAGGGGGAGGGGGCCCGCCGGACCCUGGCUUCAAUGGACUCUUGUUUUGACUGCCAGGGAUGGAAACUGAAGAAGGGACUGUGGGAGGAGCUGGGUGGAGGACAGGAAUCUACUCCCUGGAGACGGGAGAGAGAUAACAGCAGACAGAGGAACAUACAAGACACUUCUUAAAUGGAUUUUAACCACAAAGAGAAUCCGUUUCCAGAAGUUUGCAGCCAACUUCUAUCAACGACAGCUGCUGUGGAUUACUCAGUAUGAAGAGGAGAGCGCCUGUAAACUGUUUAAAGUGGACGAUAUUUAGAAAGUAUAUGUGCUAAUAUCUUUUAUACUACUUCAGAUUUAUGGACUUAUGUCACAUGAAGUCGAUGCCUAUUUCAACUAUUUGACACCUUGACCAAAGAUUUGUAACCAGGCCUGCAGCUGAAGAUUAUUUUCAUAUCAAAUCAUUUAUCAAUUGUAGUCUUUAAAAUGUCAGGAACAAUUGGAAAAAUCUCCCAUCCCUGUUUUUUUAAAGUCUAAAACCCAAAGAGAUUACUUUAAUAUAAUGUAAAGCAGAGAAAACCUGAACAUCUUCAUAUUUGAGAGGGGGAAAAAUGCAAUUUUCUAAAAAUAUGUGCAUUAAAAAUAACCAGCAAUUAUAAAAACAGUACUUUAUUUUCUGAAGACAGUGACAGUGACACAGAUAUGCAUCCUCCUUGGUGCUGAUGCUGUUUCCUUUAUCCAGAACUUAUCUCUGUGGCACAGAUUCCUGACACCGGAGAAGAGGCAAACCACUAUUGUCCCCCCGGAGGCGGCGAGGUGUAACUGCAGCCUGUGUAAUAACCGUGUACAUAUGUAUGUAUGACAGAGUGAAUGAUAGAGGUCCUCCCAGCAACUGAAGAGAACAAGCCCCUCUUUGGUUAUUUAUUUGAGUUGCUCCCCAUGGAGACGAGUGCUUUAUCGGCCCCUGGUGACCCCUCAUAGGCUGUAGGGAUGAACCUUCCCUUCCUCUCCACCAAUCACAGCCUCAGAACCAGGUUUAGUUAUUCCACCUGCAGCGUAUUUUUGGAGAAAUUAAACAAAGCGCAUGUGUAUAAAUACAUUUUCUGUGGGAGAUGAUCAUUCCCCAAGUGUACGAUAGAUCACCCGUGAUAAAUAGGUUGCAUAUUAUUCAUAUUUGACUGGACAGAUGACAGUAUUUCACAGCUAUUGAUCUGGUGAGGCGAAUAUGAGGUGACAUCAGUUUCAGAUACAGCCUGCACACCGUACCUCUCAAGUGUUUUUUAUGUGUUAAAUGCAAUCAUUUCCCUCCAUGCACUAUAACUGACCUCUGAUCCAGAAGUACUGUAUGUGUAUUCAUGUCUAAACUCAGCAUGACUCAAGUAUUACCGUUAAUUGGAUCUCUAAAGGUAGAAAACUAGAAAAGAUUCUUGAUUUUAGAACUAAAAUACAAGACGUGUUUCAGUAUUCAGUGGCUAAUUAAACUUCUGUUUGUGCCUCAUUUUACAUGUGUUCAACCGCCUUCACAAGGAUUGCUCUUCUGAAAUAAACUAAGUACUAAUUAUUUGUACACUUUA